UUUAAUGGAUCCACAAUGUCCUGAAUGUGCUUCUCCUGCAGAGAUUAUUAUGCAGGACGAAGAAAAUGUUGUUGCAGAUUCUGAGACCGGAGAUAAGAAUAUUUGCACUGAAAGGUCUGAGAGGUUCAGCCUUUUAAGUGUUCUGAGCUUGUCUGAUGAAUCCAGUGAAGAACACAUUUCCACUGGUUCAAGUGAUACGGAACCUCCUAUGAUGAUAAAGGUUACAGUGACACCAAAAAGAAACACACAAGUGGAGGAAACUGAAAAUCAAUCAGAUUCGCCAGAGCCUCUAGACAACCCGGAAUAUUUGGAAGAACCAAAUGAGUACAAGAGGCAAGAGGAGGAUUCCCAAGAUGCAACACCUCCCAAUGACUCAGACUUCUUUGGGAUAGAAAUACCAAGUUUAAAUUUACAGCUAGAUGGAAUUGAGACAUCUUCAGAUUCUUCAGAGCGAGCAUAUUGCCUUGAAAUGGCAUUACCAGCUUUCUCGCACUUAAGAAAUUCCCCAGAAUAUCGAAGUGAGUCUGUCAGAAGUAGAACUCUUUCCAUGUCUAACACAAGUAGUGAAGAUUUUGACCUCCUUUCUAUGCUGGGUCAAGGAAAUUUCGGAAAGGUAUUUCUGUCAGAUCACAAACCUACUAACAGCAAAUUUGCCGUGAAGGCCAUUCCAAGGAGAAAAUAUGACCAACAUGCUGCUCAAAGGAUACAGACGGAAAAGGACAUAAUGCAAUUGGUAACGGACAAAAAAGCUCCAUUCCUGGUUGGCUUAGAUGCUUCCUUUGUGACAAACUACAAUGAGUGUUUGGUUAUGGAAUAUGCCCCAGGAGGUGACCUAAGGUCACUUAUGGACAAGUAUGACCUGCCACUGGAAUGCACCAGGUAAGUAGUA